AUGAAGUUUGCUAAAGUAUUUGAACAAACCCUUGUGGAGGACGAAAUUCCCGAUGAUUGGAUUGAGGCAGCUAUCCAGUACAAAGCACUCAAAAAGUGUAUUGCCCGCGUGGUAGAAGAACUAAACCUUUUAGGUCUUGAGCAAAAUACUCUCAAAGUUCUUUUAGAUCACGUGGAAGUCAAUCAAGACGAAACGACUGCCUCCAAUCCGGUGGUUGCCCAGUAUGUGCUAAAGAAGACAAAAGACUCUAAGGUCAUACCGUCAUUAAAAAUCGUUGUUGACUACAAUGCUGAGCUAACAGACGACUAUAUCAACACCAGUAUCCAGGUGUUGCGAAGCAACUUGGAGCAGAUUGUUCACGGGUUCUCUGACAACGACAUGAAAGAUGAGGAUAGCGAGGAUGAUGAAAACAAUAGCAUCGAAGAGAACGUAUUAAUAUCAAAAACGUCUGUGCAACAGCUUCCAAGCACCGCAGGUUCAUCGGGAAAGAAAUAUCAGAUUUCCAUACGGCUCAACUCUGAUACCAAGUUCUUUUCAAUGUUGAACCAAGAGUUGAAUAACUUGGAUAAGUUCAAGAAGCAGGAGGAAGACAAAAUGAUCCAAGAGAUCCAAAAUGUAGCCGAGACCCUUCAUGAGUUGUCCAGAAAUGAGUCUGUGAAGAAGUCAGAUAUAUAUACCUGGAGAGAGCUAUUCAGGUUGUUCUUAGAUAACGAGAUCUACUUCAAGUACAACGAUUCUACUUAUCAAGCAUCAGAGAAAUCCUUGACCUUGGUGAAAAACAACCUCAAUAAGUACAACGAGAUAGUAACCAAAUCUCGAAUCCUUGACCAAUUCAAGAAUAAGAAGUCUCUUCGAGCAUUCACAAAGUUUCUUCAUGUCAACGAAUAUCUCUUGAAAGUGCUUCAGUUCCAGUCUAUCAACACCACCGCUUUCAGAAAGAUCUUGAAGAAGUUCGACAAGCAGACAUCUCUCAACGUUAAGUCCCGGCUUCCCAAACUCAUCUCCGAUGACCAUGUAUUUUUCACGGGUAAGUCUUUGAGUCAGUCCAUCUGCUAUAUUAUUCAAACUUCUUUGUUGCAAAUAGUUCCGCAACUCGAGGAUUAUACUUGCCCCAUUUGCUUGGAAAUAGCUUUUAAACCCAUCAAGUUGGAGUGUGGCCACCUUUUCUGUGUGCGGUGUUUGGUGAAAAUGAAGCACGAAGAUAAGUUCGACUGUCCCAUAUGUCGAUACGAAAAGGCCGUUUCAUUGGCAGAUGGGAGCAACCUCGACAUGGAAACCAUGCAGAUGAUGCAGAGAAUGUUCCCCAAGGAGGUUAAACAAAAGUUGAGAGAUAGAGAUCAAGAAAGAUACUCCGAAGUGUUUGGAGGUAAUAAGUGUGUAAUGAUGUAG